UUGACAUUUUGGGCUGAGACCCUUCUUCAGUCUUGAAAUGUCAACAGUUUAUUCACUUCCACAGAUGCCACCUGGCCUGCUGAGUUCCUCCAGCAUUUUGUGUGUGUCGCUCUGGAUCUCCAGCAUCUGCAGAACCUCUCAUUUAUAUUACUUUUAAAUUUAUUUGUAGUAAUAUUACUUUUGGAGUUGUGUGUGACUGUGUCCGGAGGAUUGUUGUUUCGUUUGGCAGUUUAUAUAUAUAGGGUUGAAAUGACAAUAAACUUGAACUUGAAGUGUGACAAGGUUUCCAUUGAACCUGGAGUCCCCAAGGAGAAUGAUGAUUAUGUUAGAAUUGGACGUUACAACCUGUCCCCAACAGGCUUCACAAGUGGUCUGCCUCCUGAUGAUGGGGCCAUGUGUCGAUUUUAUGCCCACAAAGCCAACUACUGCUACAAACUCCCUGAGUGUGUGACCUUAGAAGAAGGUGCUCUGGUCGAACCUCUCUGUGUUGCACUUCACGCCUGUCACAGAGGACGAGUUAAAGUGGGUCACAAGGUGUUCAUCUGUGGAGCUGGACCCGUUGGCCUGUUGACUUUGCUUGCUUGCAAGGCUAUAGGAGUGACUAUGACUGUAGUCUGUGAUUUGUGCCAGGACCGCUUGGAGAAGGCGAAGUGCUUGGGGGCCACCAUUGUCUUGAAAGUUGACAAGUGCACGUGUCCCAUGGAAUUGGCCCAGAAGGUGAAGACUUCUCUCUGUGCCAUGCCUGACGUGUCCAUUGAUUGCACUGGGGCCGAUACUUGUAUCCAGGCUGGUGUCUAUGCUGUCAAACCUGGUGGAAUUGUUGUAUUGGUCGGCCUAGGAACAAACACAUCCAAUGUUCCUGUAUUAAACGCAACAAUCAGAGAGGUGGAUAUCCGUGGCAGCUUUAAAUACACAAACACAUGGCCAACUGCAAUCGCCUUGAUAGCUUCAAAGAAGGUGGAUGUAAAGUCCCUAAUCACACAUUGUUUCCCGCUGGAGCAGGCUCCUGAAGCAUUUGAGGUCGUAAAGAAAGGCACCGGGAUCAAAGUCCUUGUGAACUGUGAGCAACAGCAGCAGCAGCAGCAGCAGUGCCCAUCACUCUGCCCGCCACAGUGCCAACAGCCGCAAAACCAGUGUCAAACAAAGCAGUGCCCCCAGCAUAGCUUCUUCUGAUAGAGGAGUCUCCACCCACUUUCAUUCUGUACUGCUGUCUAAGUUACCUUUCAGAUCAGGACUUGAACACUGCACUGUAACUCUCCCAGACAAACAGUCCUUCAGCAAUAAACACUGAG